UUUCUAACGCCUAUAAAAGCAUCGCCCCAUGUAUCAAGCUGUUUUGCCAACAGAAGUGCUAUAGCAGAGAUGAAAUCUCUAAUACUGUCCUUGUUAAUCGGUGCUUCUGCCAUCCUAGCAGAAUCGCAAUUUGAUCAUGCAGCUCGCUCGGAGUUCUUAAAUGACGAAAACAAAGUGACUAAUGCGAAAGAUGAAUCACGCCCUCAUCAACCAAUUAUUGUGAGUGUUUUUUUCCGUUCUCUGUAGCAAAUGUCUUUUUCCUUACUUACCUUGCCGUUCUUUUUUGGUAUGUCAUUAAGAGAUAUAAUCAAUUUGAGAUGGAGCUAAUUUGGGAUAUAAAGCAAAAUUUGUAUUUCACUGUUACUUUCGUCAAUCACCAUCUGAGAGUCUGUGAUAAAUGCCCGUUAAAACUGUCUGCUCCCAUGAUGUACGGAGGAGAGUAUGUUAACAUAAAGCAGCGAUGUUAUCGUUCCUUAAGUGUGACAUUAGCGGGAAGCCUUGCAGUACAGAAUAUAUUCUGUACGGGGCUGAAGGGCUGUCCCAAGUAGAAGACUCCUAUCAAAAUAUGUCGAAUGCUUUGAGAAUUAUGGCGACUAAAUCAGAUCGUAUUGGUAUCUAUUAUCAUAUGUGUAUUCAAAUGAGAGUAGUGCUCCAGAUUCAGAGUGGAGAUAAUCGAAAUCGGAUUAUAAGAUUAAUGGUGUACGUAAAAAAAUUUUGGAAGAUAGGUUUUUGUUUCAGAAUCUCAAACAGUGGUAAAAAGUGAUUUUUAUAUUUACUUUUCUAAGGUGGGGAAUAAAGUAGACGAUUUCGUAUGCAUAAUUCUCCUUUAAACUUGAAACAAAUUAAAUUUACGAUAAAUUUAAACGAAAAGCAGUGGACAAGUCUAUUAAGCGAGUGCUGACACUAACAGAUCGAAUCCCUCUGGUAAGAUACAAAACCGGUUUUAAGUGAACUAUGCAUCUUUGAUAUUUCAGGAAAAAAGGCACUGGCCUACCUGGAACCCCAGUUGGCGUCCAUCAUGGAACCCCAGACCCAGCUGGUAUCCU